AUGGUCAAUGACAGCCACUUUGGUGGAUUUACACUCCUAGGAUUCCAGGGGCAGCCACAGCUGGAGAUGAUCAUCUCUGGGGUUGUCUUUCUCUUCUACACCAUUGCCUUGAUGGGAAAUAUGGCCAUCGUCCUGCUUUCUUUCCUAGAUGACCAUCUCCAGACCCCCAUGUACUUCUUCCUUAGGAAUUUGGCCAUCUUGGAUCUCUGUUAUACCACAAAUAUAGUCCCACAGAUGUUGGCCAAUAUCUGGGGCAAAGACAAGAGAAUUACGUUUGGUGGCUGUGUCCUUCAACUUUUCAUUGAUAUGGUACUGUGCUCAGUGGAAUGUAUCCUUCUGGCUGUGAUGUCUUAUGACCGAUUCAAUGCUGUCUGCAAGCCUCUGCACUACAUGACCAUUAUGAACCCCCAACUCUGUCGAACCUUGGUGGCCAUGACCUGGGGAGUUGGUGUUACUAAUUGCAUGAUACUUUCACCCUAUGCCAUGAGUCUUCCCCGAUGUGGGAACCACCAUUUGGAUCACUUUUUUUGUGAAAUGUCUGCAAUGAUCAAGAUUGCGUGUGUGGACACCACAGCCAUGGAGGAAACCACAUUUGCUAUGUGCCUGAUUAUAGUUCUUGUUCCCCUUCUUCUCAUUCUGGUUUCUUAUGGCUUCAUUGCUGUAGCUGUGUUGAAGAUCAAGUCUGCAGCAGGGAGACAGAAAGCAUUUGGGACCUGUUCCUCCCACCUCAUUGUGGUGUCCAUCUUCUAUGGGACUGUUAUCUACAUGUACAUCCAGCCAGGAAACAGUCCAUCUCAGGAUGAAGGUAAACUUCUCAGUAUCUUUUAUUCCAUUGUUACUCCCAGCUUGAACCCCCUGAUCUACACACUAAGGAAUAAGGAGUUCAAGGGGGCCAUGAAGAGGCUGAUUAGAAAAGAAAAACGUUCCUUGGAAACAACAGGACAAUGAUUCUUACUCCCAGCAAUUUCCAAUAUGGAAAUGUUCACCUGACAUCCAUUAAAUGUAGACAAGAUAUUUUGUAGUCAUCAGCUGAGAGACAGAGGGUACUCUAAAUACAUACGAUAAUAAUUAUGAUAAAAUCCAAAGUACAGAAAUCCAUAUUUAUUUAUGUUAAAAUGUUUAUUUUGAGAGAGAGUGAGUGUGCAUGUGCACAGGCAUGAGCAGGGUAGGGGCAGAGAGAGGGAGAGAGAAAGAGACUCCCAAGCAGGAUCUGCACUGUUAGCACUGAGCCUGAUGCAGGGCUCAAUCUCAUGACCCUGGGAUCAUGACCCAACCUGAAAUCCAGAGUACGUUGCUUCACUGACUGAGCCACCCAGUUGCCCCCAAAGUCCAUAUUUAAAAUAAAUUCUUAAACUGAGAUGCCAACACUAGAGAUUGCUUAAAUUAUGCACUGAUUCUUUCAGAGGACACAUGUCCCAAUUAUAUUGACAUUCAUCAAUUUAACUCUAAUCUUCUCCCUUCAUUAUGCUAAGUAAAUAUUGUCAGGAUGUCAAGGGGGCUAAAAGCUGUUCUCGUCACACCCCAUGUUUGGGAUGUCUUCGCCUACAGCAUUCUAGGAAUAUCUCCACAUAGGGUGAUCUCCAGUGUGAGGACAACUGUGAGACCACUAAUAAACCAAGAAGACCAUGAGUUCCAGCUACCACUUAUCUUAAAAGUGAGGUGAUGCUAAUUACACUGAAAAUGUCUUUCCUCUGAUGUCUUCCUCUGUCUAUAUAAUUACUCAACAAACAACCCAAUUCUUUGAGCACAAAAAGAAAAACAUGUUAUGUCACAUUCCAGUGACUGUUGUUAAGAUAUUAUAACUUUUCACUUUCCCACUUGGUCUUUUUUACUGAUUAUUUUUAGGGCCAGCAUGGAGAUCUUACCACAGCACCUGUUUGAACUGUACUAACUCCCUACUCUGUGUGCAGAGUAGAAAUACUCUUUUCUCAACUUGGGGAAAAACUAGCACAUGGGAAGGUGAUUCAUGGCCACUGAAGUGACCUCUCAUAUUUGCCUUUCGCUACAAUGUUGUUUGUUUUUUAGUUAUUUCUCCAUCAUUUUGGUCAAACUGUAUCCUUUCCAUAUUUAAGAAGAAAGAUAAAUAUUGAUAUGUAGAGACCAUUGAGAGCUGUAUUAUCAGACUGAAGCUUGAGGCUAAGACUUUUUGAUGACUUCCUCUUUAUUUCUGGUUCAGUAUCCAGUAUCACUUCCUCUGGCUCCAUUUCCGAUCAUGUCAGGGUCCUCACAUCUGUCACAAAAUCCCAUUCACACCAAAGAGGUUAAAAAAGAUGGCUAUAACAAUUCAUUCCAUGUCUAAUACCUGCCUAUAAUCCUGCCCUCCUCCCCUGGAAGAACCAUGAUUCUCAAUGUGUGGAUUCCAUUGUCUUCCUUUGUUUUAUGGAUGAUUUACCUAGGUAUGCAUCUCCCAGGAAUAUAGUAUAACUUGGAUAUUUAAAAUUUUUUAUGUAAAUAAAUUCUGUUGUGCCUGACUCCCUUCAUAUGAAUAACAUCACAUUUUCAUGAUUUAUGCAUGUCUAAGCAUUUCAGUACUUCAUUUAUUUCCAGAACUGUGAUAUUCUGAAUAGAAAGUAAUAAUUUAUCUCUCCUGUUCAUAAAGAUUGUAGUUUUUAAUAACCUAUAAUUACAUAUGUAUUAAUAUCCACAUGUAUACAUUCCAAAGCUCUUUUUAUGAUUUUUUUCCUAGAUAUUUGAUGCGUUUUUAUUCUAUUGCAGGUUGUAUCUUUAAAAUUUUUAAUUUUGUUUUUUAACAAUGGCUGUUCAAGCAAAAUUGAUUUCAAUAUUGACCCUGUAUUCACAUUUUACCCAACAUAGUUACUGAGGCUCCUAAUUUAUCCAGAGAUUAUUUUAGACUGUCCACAUAUACACCAUUAUUAUGUGUAAAAAGUGACCGUAUAUACACCAAUAUUCAUCAAUAUUAUGUGAAGUUUUACUUGUACCUUUCCGAGUUAUGUGAUUUUAAUUUUUCUACUCAAUUUAUAGUACUAUCUUGCCCUGCAAAUGAUGAACGUAGUAUGUGUGACAUUGCUUAUAUAGUUCCUAAUGUCAAAGGGAGAGUUUUGAUUAUUUCACUAUUACUAUAUAAUAAAUGUGAUGUGUUUUAUCUUGCCACUUUUUAUCAGCUGUUA